UCCUCUCCCCCAGCAUAAGCACAUUCACAGACGUCCCUGCACGCGUGGAGGCGUCUCACCCGUCACCACAGAGCAGCCCGCUCCUGUGUGAACCGAGCAGCCGCGGACGGUGGAGGGAAAGAGAGGGAGGCGAGGGAUACAAAGAGAGGCAGCCAGGAGGGGAGAGCAACAGAGAAGAGGAGCCACAGAGCAAAACACAUACACUGCUGCCACUCUGACGUCUCCACUCAUGCUCCGGCGUGUGUGAGCGCAAGAAUCGGAGAGAGGGAAGGCAGGAAAAUAAAUCCUGGGAGCUCCAGUCCUCUCUUUGCCUUAUAUUCCCUCCUCUUUUUUUUUUCUUUUUUUUUCACAUCUCCAUCAUCCAAGGCAUGAAGGCGGGUUUCGGCUGGCACGGCAGAAUAAAAGAAAAGGAUGCUUUGAAUGCUGCCACUCUUUCAACAAGGGACAAGGAAGAGGAAGGGGGGGACAACACACAGCGGGGACAAACACGGGAUUUCUAGAAUGAAUGGGAGUCCUUUCUGCCGCAUGCUCUGGGAAUAGCAGUCUCGCACUGAAGUCUCUGAAUGAGGGGCCAGCCCUGAGGACGUGAAGCGUUUGGGAGAGUUUGGGUGUCACCUGUGGCACAGAUUCCUCGGCGUUUGACCACGUUCAGCUGCGGGCACCUCGGCUCUCCAAAAGGCACCAAUUAAGGGGCAGGCCUGAUCAAAGGGCUGUGACAGUAUCGGACGGUACAGACGCAAGGAGGAAGGGAAUACGCUGGAGGAGGAGCCUGUAGUCGCCGGGGACGGGCAGAUUUCUGCUUGUCAGGUCUCAGAGUCGCCUGUCUGCUUGAGUGAGCACGGCAGAGGAGGAGAAAAGGGAAAUGGUCGGUCGGCUGACGCGUCGUGGAGGAUGUCACUGCUAGGUCGUCCGUUCAGCAUGCAGCGUGGCCUUCCCAGCUGUGCAUCCACAGUGGUGCCAUGAUCCAGUUCUGACUGUGGGUAAUGACGAGCCGAAUAACCAAUCCUGGAGAUGCCGAAGAGAAGAGAUAUUCUUGCCAUCGUGUUGAUCGUGUUACCCUGGACUCUGCUCAUCACUGUUUGGCACCAAAGCGCUAUAGCACCACUCCUCGCCAUCCGCAAGGCCUGUCACCACCUAGUAAAAGAGAUCUUUAUCAUUCCAGAGAGGCUUGCAGUCCGCCACCACCGGCUCUCAGAUGAUGGCGUGGAGGGCAAGAGGGAGGCGGGCGGCCAGGCGCAGGACUCCAAGGAAUACUGUGCCUCAGAUAAGGACAUAGUGGAGGUGGUGAGGACUGAGUACGUGUACACGCGGCCUCCGCCCUGGUCCGACGUGCUGCCUACGAUCCACAUCAUCACCCCCACGUACAGUCGGCCCGUGCAGAAGGCGGAGCUGACGCGCCUAGCAAACACUUUCCUCCAUGUGCCCAACCUGCACUGGAUCCUGGUGGAGGACUCGCAGAGGAGGACGCCCCUCGUGACGCGGCUCCUCCGAGAAACGGGGCUGAACUACACCCACCUCAACGUGGAGACGCCCAGGAACUAUAAGCUGCGGGGUGACACCCGGGACCCCAGGAUCCCCCGGGGGACCAUGCAGCGGAAUCUGGCCCUGCGGUGGCUGAGGGAGACCUUCAACGCCAACAGCAGCCAAGCGGGAAUAGUCUACUUCGCUGACGACGACAACACGUACAGCCUGGAGCUGUUUGAAGAGAUGAGAUCGACUCGGAAAGUGUCGGUGUGGCCCGUGGCCUUCGUGGGCGGCUUGCGCUACGAGUCGCCCAAGGUCAACGCAGCCGGGAAGGUCUACGGCUGGAAGACGGUGUUCGACCCCCACCGGCCGUUCGCCAUCGACAUGGCCGGCUUCGCCAUCAACCUGAGGCUCAUCCUCUUCAAGCCGCAGGCGUAUUUUAAGCUUCGAGGGGUGAAGGGAGGCUACCAGGAGAGUAGUUUGCUCCGGGAGCUGGUCACGCUCAACGACCUGGAGCCUAAAGCUGCCAAUUGCACUAAGAUACUCGUUUGGCACACGAGAACCGAGAAGCCCGUCCUUGUAAACGAGGGGAAAAAAGGAUUCACAGACCCCAACGUGGAGAUAUGACCACGCUCCCUCGGAUCACGGUGGUUGGCCUUGGACCUGCGAAGGAGGGAAACGGUCGCCUUUCUUGAUAAGUGCAACCAGCGCUCAUGUCUUAAUCACCUGGAACAAAAAAAAAGGAAGUGUAGGGGGGGGGGGCCUUUGAAUGAGGCUUUAAUCCUCUUGACUGAAUCUGACAUUUUUGAAAUAUGGACCAAAACAGUACAAAUGUAUCAAAGCACAGAUUAGUAAGAGGCGGUUAUUUGUCAGGUCUGUCGCUGAAGUGCAGCGGAGACGACCAUAAAGGACGCCUCGAGGGGGGCCGGUGUGGAUAGUCGUGACCCGCGCCUCCGCUGUACAGUGUCCCCGUGGAGGACAGCCUAACAAAAAAAAAAAGAAAAAUGAAUAAAAGAACCAGCACAAUAUGAAAAGCCUACAGCCAGCAGAUUCAACCAAACAAGCAGGUUAAAAAUAUGUGUCAUUCACCUCAAAUAAAUAAAAAAUAUAUAUGUAUAAAAAAAAAAAAUCAGCAAAGGAAAUAUGGGUCUGGAUCUGCACACCAGAGAAAUUCCUCUCGGAUGGAAAGACUUGACCUACAUCAUCAGCCUGGAUGGAAACUCCAAGGACAAACACGAGCAACGGAAGGAAUGUUCUUUUGAUAUCUAAGAAAUGUUUGCUUUAAUUUAAUUUAAGUGGGUUAGGUGUUUUACAGACACUUGCUAGCUCGAUACUACUGACUCUUACCUACAUUUACUCUUAGGUUACCCUUGUCCAUUUAAUAGUGUCAUUAUAACUCAUGCAUUUAAGCCACCCAUACACUGCUGUUUGAAGUGAAGCCCUCGUGCUUGGGAGCUGAAAUGUACCAGUAAACUCUUCUCAGCACUUAAAAAGUACACACACACACGUUCCUCUGUGGCAACACGUAGAAAUGCUAAGUGAAUAUGAGAACAAUCAGACGACUGAUGACAAUUUUUGACAUUGUAACUACUGUAUUUAUGUGUAAAAAAAAAAAAAAAAAAAGUGUAAAAAAAAAAAAGACUCUUCUAAUUCCCGGUGAAUUCCUCAGAACGACACACGACGAGGCACAGUCCAGGUUCAACACAUGGGAGGAGUAAUAGCACAUCAGCCAUUUCAUUUGAGUUCAGUUUCAGUGACGCGUUCAUGACACGAGAGACACGUUCUCAGUCUUCACGACCCAAACGAGCUGUCUGGAGUUCAUUUUUCCCCUCGUCUGUGGACUCUCAUGCGUACUGGUUGUCAAAUAGUUGCCUAUGUAUCCGAACUAAACAAAGCAGCAGCAUCAAGGCCCACGCAUUUGGUUUCAUGUGACUUCUCGGUCCCUCUUAGCUCUAAACAAAAAAAGAUGAACAAGAAGAACAAGAAAGGUAGAAAACAGAACUUUAUGCGUGGCCCGGGAUCCUCAGAUAAAGUGACAGCAGGCGAACGAAAAGCACAAUGAAAAGAAGAAGUAUUUUUGCUAAUGGUUUGGUAGCAAUGACGACACAUCGUUGUCCCCGAUAUCGGUGUCUCCCGCUUUCUUUUCGUGUUGGUGUCCUACAUUGUACGUGAAGCAGAUAUCAGAAGGGAGUCGCCGCAGCUCCCACGAUAGGCAUCAGCAGCAACGACUCCUUAGGCCCGAGCACUGGAACAAAGUUAUUCUUACAGCUCGCAUAAUACGAUCUCUGCUCUGCUUGAUAAAUCAUCCACCUAAUACACAGUGGUGGCUCUUAUCUAACGCUGGCUGGAGAUAAUUCAAACACUGAGCCCCGUACGGUCGCCACAUUAUCUCUGUGCCCUCCCACUCCACACACCACACAACCAAAAAAAAAACAAAAAUAUGCACCAUGAAAACUUCGAUGUUACAUCCUCUCGGGCUCUUCGGCCGCAGAGACCUCUUAUUACACAUUUCACUCGGACUAAGAUAAGAUGCGCAGGCAGACAAUGGCUCGUUCGCAUCUCUCAUCACGCCGGCUGCUUCCAUUGACUGCAUGAUAUUAACACAGCGCAGGGAUCGGCCACUGAGAUCGCCGGCCGUCCCGCCGUUAUUUAUUCCAAAUCAAAUUUAAUAUAUUUAUUUAUAUAUUUAUUUCGAGCGUGGAUGUGCAGUUGAGUCAUAGCGAUGUCCUGCCCUCGGAUCUCUCUUGUUUUCCAGCAUGCAAACAUACAACGGCAUAACGCGACCAAUGAGCGCCACACAGCAGCUUUUACUUUGUCUCCGAUGGAAAUUUAGAAAUGUUCUGGUACCGAAACAAAUUAAGACUUGGUGGAGAAACGCCAGCGCGUGGGGGGAAAACAGAAAAACAAAAUGAAGAAGAUGCAUAAUUUGUUUUCAACUUGUGAAUCAUCUACCAAAUUCCAAUUCUCAUCUUCUAAGUGUUGCUUUUGUGGAAGGGGGGGAGGGGAGGGGAGGGGGGGCAGGCAGACAAACAAACGUCCUGUCGUGUACAGAUCAGCAUGUGGUGGGAUCGUGUGAUGUUAAUCUCUGUGUUGUGUCCCGAAGCGGCAGAACAGCUACCAAGGGGCUUUACAACUCUGCCCUGCGUCUGAUUAGGACUUUCUUUUUUUUUUUUUUUCAGAUGGCACAUCAAGCAAUACAUAGUGCUCACAGAGUAUCAGUGUAUUAGAAGCAGUGUACGUGGACUUUAGCAUUUAAUGUCAGUUAAUGAGCGUUACCCUCUGAGGGCUUCUCUAAGGCACAAUACACUUUAAACACACUGUCCUCCCCUUUCUUCAUCUCCGCUCUCAUCUUCCAGACUCAUGUGAUUCACAUUUUAUGCAUGUGACCUUUUAAGGUUGUUUAUUUGCCACAGCAACUCUGUCUCAGAGAAAGAUGUUAGUUGAAGAGAAAUAAAUAACUGAGAAGAACCGUA